CGUUGUUGCCCAGGACAGGUAAUGCAGGUAAUACAGGUAAUGUCCCUUUACUUGUGCAACAGCUGGGGGCCUGAGGGAAGCCACAACAAACAACACAGACUACUGACUGACUCAGAUUCAGAUCAGUUCCAUUUCAUGACUGUGGAGGCCUGCUGCCAGGGUAACAGUUAUAGUAGAUCUACACCAGUUAGUGGUUACCAGAAACAGUCUUUUUUCGUCCGACAACUGAACAGAUCGGUGAUUAGAUUAUAGUUUUAUAAAUGACAUUUACGAGACACUUUGUUGUUGUCAGUGCUAGUGCUAGGGAUACGCUACAAGAGAAAACCAGCCCUCGAUUGUCCACUUAUUGUUGUCGGUGACAAUGUUUAUCAUUGCAUUUUUUCUUAUUGGAGCCACUCUUGCUCAACAACAAGGAGACACUGUCGGUACAGAGGAUAGAAAUCGAGGCCAGAGGAGGCUACUCAUGAUUUCAUUUGAUGGGUUUCGAUGGGAUUAUCUGAAUGGGCGGACUGAAACUCCGAAUUUCGAUCGUUUCCGAAAGAAUGGAGUGUAUGUUACUAAAGGUUUAAUUAAUGAAUAUGUAUCAAAUACUCUUCCUAAUCACUUUUCUCUUGUCACUGGCCUUCAUGUUGAAAGCCAUGGCAUUGUUGAUAAUUUCAUGUAUGAAUCAGAAACAGACAGGACUUUUAUUCCCAAAUUUUUCGACAAAGAUUCUGUCAAUCAUCCUGAUUGGCAUAAGACUGUAGGAGAACCAAUCUGGGUGACAAAUCAGCUUCAAAAGAAAACUGGGAGAAGUGGAGUUGUUAUGUGGAUGGGCGGAGAGGCUGCAAUCAAAGGUAUUCGCCCAACAAAGCAUAUUCGUCUCGAUUAUGCUGUCACGGACAAAGAAAAAGUUGAUUCUCUUAUCAGUUGGUUUACAGAUGAACGAGAACCUAUUAAUCUAGGUGUUGCAUAUUUCUCUGAGCCCGAUAAAACAGCCCACGCGUAUGGACCGGACUCGGAGGAAGUAACUCAAAAGAUACAACACGAUGAUGAUGUUGUUGGCUACCUUAUUGGAGAACUUGAGGCCAAAGAACUGCUCUCAACAACGGACAUCAUCAUUACAAGUGAUCAUGGCUUUGUCUCAGUGUCUAAGGAGCGCCUGAUAUUGCUUGAUGAUUAUAUAGACUCUAGCUGGUAUAGGCACACAUCAUUUAUGCCAGGUUCCAUUGCUUCCCUCCUACCAACUGAAGGCAAAGAGGACAUCAUUUAUGAAAACCUCAAAGCUGCAAGCGAGGAAAAGGGAUCGUUCACCGUAUAUCGGAAAAAAGACAUUCCUGAAAGAUUUCACUACAAGAAUCACAAAAGAGUGCCCCCUAUAAUCGCAGUUGCAAAGUCUGGGUAUUCCUUUACUGACAGCAAAUCUGUCGACUCAUUUUGGCUUGCUGGUAACCAUGGCUAUGACAAUGACCUGCCAGAAAUGCACCCUUUCUUUGUGGCUAUGGGACCAUCUUUCAAGAACAACUUUGAGCUGGACCAGUUCCGCAGUGUGGACGUUUACCCUCUGAUGUGUCAUAUCUUGAAUCUUAAACCAGCUCCUAAUAAUGGAAGCAUGGAGACAGUGUCACUGCUCUUGAAGGACUAUGAUGGUGGAAAGAGGACCACUUUUGUUUGGACCUUCAUUGCUGUUGCAGUAAUGUUCUUCCUAAUCUGCAUGUUUUUAAAAAACAAAUCGCAGGACAAGCCAAAGGCAAGUUGAAAGAAAGAGCGCCCAAUUUCUCUGUCUAUGGUCUGUGGAAAAAAACAACACGUCACAACGUUGAUAUUAAUGUACCUUUUAAGUAAAAACAACUAAGGUGUUGGUAUUUUUGAAGAUCG